AUGUCUUGGAUAUUUGGAAAACCACAACCACAACAACAAUCCUCAACCACAAGUGAUGAACAAUUAAAACAAACACUUGGGUUUGAUCCACAAGAAAUUUCAGAUGUACAAAAUAUAAUAUCAUCACCAUUAUCAAAUUCAUAUGCAUCAAAAUUACAUCCUUUAGCAGAAUUAGAGAAAGGAGUUGAAUAUUUGGAUUUAGAGGAAGAAAAAUUAAAUACUGUACAAGGUUCAAAAGGUUUAAUUCCAAGUAGAUCAUGGACUGAUGAUUUAUGUUAUGGUACAGGAUCAGUUUAUUUAUUAGGUUUAGGAAUUGGUGGUAUAAAUGGUAUAAUAAAAGGUUUAAAUACAUUACCUUCAAAUGCUCCUUUUAAAAUUCAAUUAAAUCAUGUUUUAAAUAGUAUAACUAAAAAUGGUCCAUUUUUAGGUAAUUCUUGUGGUGUUUUAGCAUUAACUUAUAAUUUAAUAGAUUCAAGUUUAGAUGGUAUAAGAGAUAAACAUGAUGAUUUAAAUUCAGUAGUUGCUGGUGCUUUAGCUGGUGCUUUAUUUAAAAGUUCAAAGGGGGUAAAACCAAUGAUUUAUUCAAGUGUUAUGAUGGCUGGUGCUUCUGGUAUAUGGUGUGGUUUGAAAAGAGUUAUAAAUCCAGAAGAAAAUGAAGUUAAGUUGUUGUAA